AUGACUAAGCCACAGCCCGCCGCUUUUCAACUGCCACUUCGACGUCGAUUGCUAUCUUUCCUCAUUCACGUACGACCUCUACGAUUGAGAUUCGCCAGGAUGUCGAAUGAGAAUUUCUACCUCCGAUACUACUCAGGUCACUCUGGGCGGUUUGGACAUGAGUUCCUAGAGUUUGAUCUCCGCACCAUUGGCGAAGGUAGCAGUGCCGCCGUACGAUAUGCGAACAACUCGAAUUACCGCAAUGAUUCCCUCAUCCGCAAAGAAAUGUGCGUGAGCGAUGCGAUGGUCGAAGAAGUGAAGCGCAUUAUCAAGGAUAGCGAGAUCCUUAAGGAGGAUGACUCCAAGUGGCCCCAGAAGAACAAGGACGGGCGCCAAGAGCUGGAGAUUCGGAUUGGAAAUGAGCACAUUUCCUUCGAGACCGCCAAGAUCGGCUCGCUAGUCGACGUGACUGAAUCCGACGACCCCGAAGGACUUCGCGUUUUUUAUUAUCUUGUGCAGGACCUGAAGGCCCUUGUAUUCUCGCUGAUCUCACUUCACUUUAAGGUAUUGACAAUCUUGCCCCCACGCUUGCAACAUCUUUUGACCAUCCCUGCUUUACAGAUCAAGCCCAUUUAA